GCGGCGUGGCAGAUGCCCCGCCCGUUCCCGCGGACGGGCUGGUGGGAAGAGCCUCAUAGCAAGAUGGCAGUGAAUCAGAGCCACACCGAGAACCGCAGGGGGGCUGCCAUCUCUUAUGGUGAAAGUCUCUUGAAGCAGUGUUCGGAUGUGGAGCUCUCCUUCCCACGGCAACCAGAGGGCUCCAACCUCUUCGGUGGCACAAAGAGGGGAACACUGUUUCUCACUCCAUACCGGGUGAUUUUCGUGACCUCGCAUUCCGUCAACGACCCCAUGUUGUCUUUCACGAUGCCGUUUAAUCUGGUGAAGAACUGCACUGUUGAACAGCCGGUCUUCGGGGCAAAUUACAUCACGGGCACCAUUGAGGCAGCUCCGGAUGGUGGCUGGGAAGGACAGGCGACUUUUAAAUUAGUCUUCAGGAAAGGAGGUGCCAUCUACUUUGCCCAGUUGAUGAUGGAAGCCGCCUCUGCCGCUGCCCGGGGAUCUCCACUUGGAACAGAUUACUGGUUCGGCCCGUUAAGAAUUUAUGUCGUUACCGGACAGGGAGGUGUGUGCCCUCCGGAGGCACCCUGUCGAGCUAUUGCCUAUGGAGUCCCACCUCCAGGAUACGGAGCGCCCCCUGCGGGAUACAGCGCUCCACCUGCUGGACUUGAAGCGUCACCUGCGGGCUACGGAGCCCCGCCUCUCGGCUACGGGGCUCCGCCUCCAGGCUACGGAGUUCCACCCGGGGGCUAUGGUGUCCGGCCUCCCGGCUACGGGGCUCCGCCUCCAGGCUACGGAGUUCCACCCGGGGGAUAUAGUGUCCCGCCUCCCGGAUACGGAGCUCCAGCCGGAGGCUAUGGAGCCCCGCCUCCAAGAUACGAAACCCCGCCUCCGGGAUACGGAGGUCAACCCGGAGGCUCCAAGUCCCCACCUCCCAGAUACGAGGCCCCGCCUACUGGGCCUCGAGUCCCCAUUUCCGGACGGGAAACCCCACCUUCCGGGUCCCGAGCUCCGCCGACGGCCUCGGGUAUUGGGCGUCCUGACUCUGUGGCAGCCCAGAGUUCUGGAUAUGGGGUUUCUCCUUCCUCAUCUUCUCAGGCCCAUUCACCUCCUCCCAACAUGUAAACCUUGAAG